AUGUUCGAAACAAAUGAUAAUCCAUCAAUUGAUGAUUUCACUCAUGAUGCAUUUGCUAUUCUGGGUGAAGGUGGUGCUAUGAGGCUUUCUGAUAAACACACCUGCUCUGAGUGUACUCAAGAAUGCAAGGCAGUUGCAGAUUUUCUACCUGCUCCCAAUGAUGCAGCAGCUGUCCUUGGUGUUGAAGAGAAUCAAGAUGGUACAAGACCAGACUAUAUAUGCAUUGAUAAGGCAUGUCUGGUUCUUAGAACAAGCAUUCAAAAUGGAAGCUGGGAGGAAUGGUGCAAGACUAGCCGACUUAUAGUUGACGCAUAUCAUUACAUCAACCAUUGCACUACAGAUAUGAUCUGCCAAAAAUAUUGCAACCCUGCUCCUCUUGAUGGAUCAGCACCUAAUUUGGUUGUUGAAGCAGAGACAAAAGAUGGGGAAAAAUAUUUGAAACGAGGAUUCAAUACUCAAGCAUGCAAACAAUUGAGUGGGUGGAUUGGAGCGUUUGAUUCUAUCUUGAAAAGGAUGACCGUUGACAAUUUCAAUUGGUUUUUGCAUGCAAUGUUAUUUUAUCAUACCUGA